GUUCUUGUGAUGAAUGUUCACGUAGCUCACGUUGCAUGGCAAAUAGUGUAAUUUUAUUGGAUACCUAUCGCGCAAUUAGCAGUGCGCCGUUCCUAUGGCUUGCAUGCACCGAUCCAUUGCUUGCUGCAUUCAAUCUUGUCAUUGAUUUGCAAGUAUGCGAAGAAAUGGAAAACGAAAACAAAGUGGCGUAUAGAGAUUUACGUCAUAAUGUGAUGACGUUUGCGGUGAAAAUUGUUGAGCAAUGUUGGACAACAGAAGAAAUCCAUGUGCUACUGUCACGUAAAGUUGGAUCACCUUUGGCUGAUUGUGAAUUACCUUUUCCACGUGUCCAAUUAGCUCUCAAGGCUCAUAUGAAGCCGUUUCUCUCUUCGUUGGGUGUUCAAGCAGCAAUGGAAGAUCAUUGGCGUGGAAUGUGGACAGAUAUGGGAAAAUUUAAAUAUCAAGACUUGAGUCGUAAAUUUCGACAUUUCUUAUGCUAUCCAAUCUUAGCAUUACUUCAUGCAAUUAGUGCUGGAUAUUGUAUUAAAACAUUUAAAUAUCCAUUAGCACGGUAUAUAAGCAGAUUAGCAAGUUAUACACUAUUUCUUAUUAUUUUAAUUUUUAUUCGAUAUUUUGGUAGGACGGGUGAGCGAUCAACCGAACGAUCGCUUGUUAAUAGCUGUUUGUUUUAA